CCCCAAGCUGCUACCCGGCCCAGGGAGGCAAGCAGGCAGGCCUGGAACAUCAGCAGAGCACAGGAAGCUGGAAUCUGACCCCUGGCAUUGGGCCUGGUCUCCAUGGCAGCCGUGGAUUUAUUACCCGGGCCUCCACCCAGCUUGGUGGACUUUUGACUUGAAGUGGAGAGGAAGAGGAAUGAGAAGGCGGUGCAGGGGACAGAGAGUGCACGGGUGGCAGCCGGAGGACCCUGCGUGAUGGCCAAGUUUCUUUCCCAGGACCAAAUUAAUGAGUACAAGGAAUGCUUCUCCCUGUACGACAAGCAGCAGCGAGGGAAGAUUAAGGCCACUGACCUCCUGACUGUGAUGAGGUGCCUGGGGGCCAGCCCGACGCCGGUGGAGGCACAGAGGCACCUGCAGACUCACAAGAUAGACAAAAAUGGAGAGCUGGAUUUCUCUACUUUCCUGACCAUCAUGCACAUGCAAAUGAAACAAGAGGAUCCAAAGAAGGAAAUUCUUUUGGCCAUGCUGAUGGCAGACAAGGAGAAGAAAGGAUACAUCAUGGCAUCUGAACUGCGGUCCAAACUCAUGAAACUGGGGGAGAAGCUCACCCACAAGGAAGUGGAUGAUCUUUUCAAGGAAGCAGAUAUUGAACCUAAUGGCAAAGUGAAGUAUGACGAAUUCAUCCACAAGGUCACCAUUCCCGUGCAGGACUACUGAAUCAAGAGAAGGAGAGAGCCUCCCCUGGGCCUGAGAACUCAAACUGAUGCAUUUUUAAAAAGAAAUGUGUUCCUUUCACUGGAGGGAGAUGGCAAACCCAGCAAGCACACAGAGCUGACCACAGCGGAGAAUAGCUUAGUAAGGAAACUAAAUGACUUCGGCUAUGGUAUUAGCUAAAACAGCAUGUAUUUUAAUAAAAGACUUUUUUGACUUUA